AUGCUUAGACGCGCGUGGAAGCCUCUGGCUGCCUCAGCCGCGGGCGUCGGUACAGGAGCCUACGUCUACACCAGAUAUGUGGCCACACGACCUUCCCCUCUCGAAACCUUCGACCUCACCAUCCGAGAGAACUCGAACAUGGUCACUCGCACCAUACCCCUGAUCCCGAAAGAAAACAUAGACCAACGGAUCAACGAAUUCGCCACCCAAGAGUCGAGAGCAACCGCGGAAGGUCUGCUUUGGAAGCACACGACCGCUAAACUCGCCUCGAACGACCCUAUCGAAGACGCGAAUGCACAGACUAUCAUAGACAAGGAGGCAUCUGCGCUCUCCCCCGCCGGCCAGUUGUUGUUUUUCUCUGUUAUGGAUGGUCAUGGCGGGAAGGAUACCUCUCGGCUGCUUUCCAAGGUCCUCAUCCCCGCUGUGGCCCUGGAGCUUGCCACCCUUGUCCAAGAUACCGCACCGAACAAAUCCUCCUGGCUAGAUAGCUUGAAAUCCCUCCUUGGCUCUUCCUCAUCACCAAAGAUCGAGCCUCGGAUUCCGCUGGAUGCCGACCCAAGUGCUGUUACGGAGGCCAUCCAACGAGCAUUCACGAACCUUGACUCCGAAAUCAUAAAUGCCCCACUUCGGCUACUCGCCGCAAAUAUGGACAAGACCGCCUUCGAAAAAAAGCUCAUCCCUGACCUCAGCCAACAUCCCAUGGCACUUCCGGCAAUGUUGCCCGCGAUGUCAGGCAGCUGUGCUCUCAUGGCAUUGCUUGACACUGCCCGACAGGAUCUCUAUGUAGCAUGCACAGGCGACUGUCGUGCUGUUGCAGGUUAUUGGGAUGAAUCUGAGGACGGCACAGGCACAUGGCGUGUUGAGGUGCUCAGCGAAGACCAGACUGGACGGAAUCCGAAUGAAUUGAAGCGUAUGCAGUCAGAGCACCCACCUGACGAAGCCGACGACGUGAUCAGACGAGGUCGUGUCCUCGGCGGAUUAGAACCCUCGCGAGCCUUCGGCGACGCUCGCUACAAAUGGUCUCGUGAAGCCCAAUACGCCCUCGACAAAGCCUUCCUCGAAGGGAAUGGAAAAACCAUGCGCCAACCCCCCUCAACAUUCAAAACCCCGCCCUACGUAACCGCCCUCCCCGUCGUCACCCACCGCAAACUCUCCCUCCCCUCCUCCUCCACAUCUUCCACCAACUCCAACUCCAACUCCAAAUCCUCCCUCCGCUUCAUCGUCCUCGCCACCGACGGCCUCUGGGACCAACUCUCCUCCUCCCAAGUCGUCCACCUCGUCGCAGGGCAUCUCUCCGGACUACGCGGUCCCAUCGCACACUCCGCCCUUCCGUCGCUCGUCCCGCUCGACACCGAGUCUGGCUCGCGCACGAUCGAAGGCAAAGACAAGGGCCACCGCAGCGGCACUGCAGAAAAGGAAGGCCAGUGGGCGUUCGUGGACGAGAAUGUCAGUGCACAUUUGAUUAGGAAUGCGUUUGGGGGUGCGGAUGUGGAGAGGUUGAGGAAGUUUUUGAGUAUUCCGCCGGGGAUAUCGAGGAGGUAUAGGGAUGAUGUUACGGUUACGGUUUUGUGGUAUGAGCCCUUGGGAGAGAAGACGGGAGGUGAGACUGUCAAGACGAAGCUGUGA